CCCAACCAGGCCCAAAAGCGGCGGGUGCAUCGUCUCCUUCCCCUUCCUCUCCGUCUGGUCCGACCGACGAGGGCCGCAACACGAGAUCGAGAUGGAAUCUGCCGCCGAUUACCCCCCUCCCCUCCCCACCUUCUUCCGCUCCGCCCUCCCCCUCCUCCUCGCCUCCCUCGUCGGCGCCAACCACACCUCCGCCGGCUUCUGCUCCCGCUAGAUCCCCCCCACCCCACCUCCCCUCCGCCGCCAGAUCCACCCACAUCAUGCGGGCCCUCCUCAAGCGCGCGCUCCUCCUCGCCGUCGCCGCCCUCGGGCUCCGCCUCCUCUACGGAGCCUUCCUCGCCGUCUCUAGCGCCGCCAACGCCUGGCAGCUCUACCCGGCCACCGCCAUCGCCACCGCCCGGAGGACCUACGUCCAGGCCGACGUCCCGGCCCCGGAGGCCUGGCGCACCCGCCACUGGCGCAGGGCCGUCGACUACCACGCAGCCGUGCUCGCGGACCACCUCGCCCAUGGCAUCCUCGCGCCGGCUUCCCGCGCCGUCUGCCUUGGCGGCGCGCACCAGGCGCUCGCCAUGCGGGAGCUCGGGGUCGCCGCCGCCGUCGCCGUCCAGAAGAACCCGUCUCCGCCGCUCGUCGUCGCCGGCGACCACCGCCGCCUGCCCUUCAAGUCCGACACCGUCGACUUCGUCUUCGCCGGCCGCGCUCUCGACUCCACCAAGCGCCCCGCCGAUCUCGCCGCCGAGGCCGCAAGGAUCUUAAAGCCACAGGCCCAUCUCGUCCUCCUCACGUCCAGCGCCGCCGACGCAUACAGCCUCCGCUCGCUUCAGGCGCUUCUGCCAUCCCUACGCCUGCUCCGAUCUCGCGAGAUCAACGCCCAGGACGCGCCUUCCACCCUCCGGGAACUAGUCUUCCAGAAGAUUCAUGCUCACACUCCCGCCUACUCUACCGACUCCACACCCACUUCAUCAUCAUCAGCUAACAACUGCUCAGUUGGGGAUCACAAGCUCCACCUCGUCACGCACGCCGAGCCACUCAUCCAGGAGGAGCCCCUCAAGCCAUGGAUCACGCUCAAGAGAAACAUCAACAACAUCAAGUACCUCCCAGCGCUCGCCGAUAUCAGCUUCAAGCGCCGCUACGUGUAUAUUGAUGUCGGCGCCCGCAGCUACGGCUCCAGUAUCGGCAGCUGGUUCCGCAAGCACUACCCUAAGCAGAACCACACCUUCCAGGUGUACGCCAUUGAGGCCGACCCCGUGUUCCACUCUGAGUAUGCCGCCAAGAAGGGUGUCACGUUGCUUCCAUAUGCAGCCUGGGUCAAGAAUGAGACGCUCAAAUUCGAGAUCAAUGGUGACCCUGGAAAGGAGGAUGAGGCCAAGGCCAAUGGCCGUGGCAUGGGCCGCAUCCGCCCUGCAGCCGGGAACAAGAUGUCCGGUGAGGUCAGGAGUGUCCCAGCGUUUGAUUUUGCCCAGUGGCUGAAGCAGACGGUGACGGAGCAGGACUAUGUGGUGAUGAAGAUGGAUGUGGAGGGUACAGAGUUCGAUCUGAUACCAAGGCUGUUCGAUACAGGUGCCAUCUGCUUGGUCGACGAACUGUUCCUGGAGUGCCAUUACAACCGGUGGCAAAAGUGCUGCCCUGGCGAGCGGUCACCCAAGUAUGACAACACGUAUGAGGAGUGCCUGGACCUUUUCAGUUCACUGCGGGAGAGUGGCGUUCUUGUGCAUCAGUGGUGGUAAAGGCUUGAUUGCUAAUAUGGUAUAUUGCUUUCUGAACUAUUUCGGUGCAGAUAGAGUUGAGCAACAGAUGAGUUACAGAAGUUUUUUUUUUACUAGGUAAUUUAUUUCCACACUGUAUUCAUUCUUCCUGUAAACAUGGCAAUUCACAAAUUGAAUUGUUUUAUCUGGUAGGAUCUGUAGUUAAGAGGAAUCAGGUCAAGGGAAAGAAAUGUACUUAGGGGUGGUUGGAUUUCCAUUGAAACUUGCUGUUGAUUGAAAUCACCAUUGUUGAGCAAUGAAUUGAUUGUUGACAUUUUA